AUGGCUGUUCCAAGUACGAACGAGAAGCCAGUUAUUGUAGCUGAGCAAGAUCGAAAAGAGGCACAAAUCCAUGCCCAAGAGCACAAACCUGAACCAGUUAUUACAACCAAGAAGGGUGUAGAAGAGGCAGAAAUCCACGUCGAAGAGCACAAACAUGAACUAGUUGUUCCAGCUGAGCAAGAACAGAGAGAGCCACAGAUUCAAGUCGGAGAACUAGAUCCAAAUGAGACGCGGAUCGACAUCGAACCUACCUCGACAGGAGAUCAGCAGCCCGACGAUACCAAUGACGUCGUUGAGGAAAAAGUUGUGGAAGUCAUCGAGAAAUCUGAUUCUGGACAACAAUUGAAUGAAGAUGGAAAUGAUGAUGAUCAAGAUAAGCACAAAGAACAUGACAAUGGCAACAAGGAACUCUUGCAAAGCUCAGAAGAGAAGCCGGCUGCCGAGAUCAUUGAAGAGCCACAAGUAGAACCAUGUGAGAUUGAAACAACAAGAGCUGCCACAGAGGAGAAUGAGGCUCCAGUGGCAGAACCAAGCUCCUCUGUGUCAGAAGAGAAGAGUACUGCAGUGGCAGAACUGAGCACCGCUACGGUCAAGCCGGACAAGAAGGUCAUUGAUGAGAAAGGAGUGGAGUCGCCGACGGUGAUGACGUUCAAGAAGCCUGCGGUGAUGCAGGGGAAGAAGAAGGAGUCGCAGAUGAGCAAUGACGUGAUAGAGGAGACCAGGAGCAAGCUGUUGGAGAAGAAGAAGAGCAAGGUGAGGGCUCUGGUUGGAGCCUUUGAGACGGUCAUGUCAUUGCAGGACUCCGAAGGUCAACACGGUCAAAACCAGGAGAACAAUUCAACAUAG